GAAGACUCAUCAUCCCCAAGCAUAUUUCAGGACCUGAUCUGAGAGAAAGUGCUACUCAUUGCAUCAUGUGGGCAAAGAAUAUUACCGGAAAUUUUGCUAACGUGAUCUACAGUUUGAACGCAAGUCACCUGACUGAUGUUGUUAUGAGGAGGAGCAAGCGGAUGAUUCUAGACACUUUAGGGGUUGGACUGCUAGGUUCCAGGACAGAUGUCUUUCAAAAAAUGAUGCAAUACAGUAAGAUCUACAGUUCAGAUAUAUCCAGUUCUGUUUGGGGUCACCAGGAUCUCAGGCUUCCUCCCCUGUAUGCAGCUUUUGUGAAUGGAGUGGCGGUUCACUCUAUGGAUUUUGAUGAUACAUGGCACCCAACCACACAUCCUUCUGGGGCAGUGUUGCCUGCUCUCCUUGCCAUCUCCGAGACUAUGCCUGAAAAGCAAAGGGCUGGUGGCCUUGACCUGCUUUUGGCUUUCAAUGUAGGAAUUGAAGUGCAAGGCAGACUAAUGCACUGUUCCAAGGAGGCCAGCAACGUUCCUAAAAGGUUUCACCCACCGUCCAUUCUAGGCACCAUGGGAAGUGCUGCAGCUGCUGCCAAACUCUUGGGGCUUGAUUCCUUUAAAUGUAAGGAUGCCUUGGCUAUUGCCGCAUCUUAUGCUGGGGCACCUCUGGCCAACGCAGCCACCCAAACAAAACCUCUCCACAUGGGCAAUGCAAGUCGGCACGGCCUGGAAGCGGCUGCCUUAGCAUCCUUGGGCCUUCAAGGAAACAAGCUGAUCCUGGACCUGGAGUCGGGCUUUGGUGCCUUUUACCCAGACUACCUCCCCCAGACUCUGCCAAGCUUGCAGUCCUAUUCUUGGCUGCUGGAGCAACAAGAUGUAGCUAUCAAGAGCUUUCCGGCACACCUGGGGACACACUGGAUGGCAGAGGCAGCCCUGGCAGCAAGGAAGCACCUUGCAAAAAGCAGAGAGGCCCUCCCUAGCGACAGAAUCAAAACAAUUGUGCUUAAUGUCCCAGAUGUUAAAUACGUCAAUAGGCCAUUCCCUUCCUCCGAACACGAAGCCAGGCAUUCUUUCCAGUUUGCCGCAUGCAGCGCCUUGCUUGAUGGCUGCAUCUCUGUCGAGUCGUUCAAACAGCAGAACGUCUCCAGGCCAGAAUUAAAUGAGCUGCUCAGGAAGACGCACCUGGAACAUUCUUCCCACAACCAGCCCAGCUUCAACAGCCUUUACUGCGAGGCAAACAUCACCCUCCAUGAUGGAUACACGUUUUCAGAGCGAUGUGACACAUUCCACGGGCACUGGAGGAAGCCAUUAAGUCAGGGGGAUCUCGUGAAAAAAUUCCUCACCAAUGCUUCCACUGCUGUCUCAAUGGAAGCUGCUGAAAGCAUUGUCAAUGCUGUUGAAAAUUUAGAAAAACUAGAAGACUGCCGGGCAUUGACCUUGCUUCUUCAAGGGGCUGAGUCAACAAAGGAUCAGUUAAAGCACAGAAGUGGGGCAUUUUAAUUGAGACUGUAUGAUACUAGCUUUGUCCCAAGUGUAUCAUAAUGUUCAUCAAGAUACAGGGAUUUUAUUAAAUUUUCUCACUUUCCUAGCGUGGAAAGGUGCAUUUCUGCAACGUGACUCAUAAUCUGUCACUUUAUAUGUGUGUAAAAUACAAGAGUCAGGAACUGGAUACACACAUAAUUCCACACAUCCAAGUGACUUUCAGCCUGUGUUGUCCAAACAGCAUCCCCUGUGCCAUUUGUCAUAUCACUUUUGAAAUAGAAGGGACUUUCACAAAUCAAAUAUUGGGGAAGUCUCCUG